GUGUUGAAUGAGCAGGCGCCUAUAUCCGGAUUGAUAGCAGUAGAAGAUGGAGGCUUUUAAUAAACUUAAGCAGUUUGAUGCCUAUCCGAAAACAUUAGAAGACUUUCGAGUGAAAACAUGCAGCGGAGCAACAGUGACUAUAAUUAGUGGAAUGAUAAUGCUUAUCCUCUUCAUUUCAGAACUGCAGUAUUACCUUACCAAGGAGGUACACCCAGAGCUAUAUGUGGAUACGUCAAGAGGAGAAAAGCUGAAGAUCAACAUUGAUGCAGUGUUUCCACAUAUGCCCUGUGCCUAUCUGAGUAUUGAUGCUAUGGAUGUUGCUGGGGAACAGCAGUUAGAUGUGGAGCACAACCUCUUCAAGCAACGACUGGAUAAAGAAGGAAAGGAGGUGUCUACAGAAGUAGAAAAACAUGAACUGGGAAAGGAUGAAGGAGGGAUAUUUGAUCCAAGCAAACUAGACCCUAACCGUUGUGAAAGUUGCUAUGGAGCAGAAACCGAUGAUUUACAAUGCUGCAACUCUUGUGAUGAUGUGAGAGAAGCAUACCGGAGGAGAGGCUGGGCCUUUAAAAAUCCAGACACAAUUGAGCAGUGUAAGAGGGAAGGCUUCAGCCAGAAGAUGCAAGAGCAGAAGAAUGAAGGCUGUAGAGUAUAUGGCUUUCUGGAAGUUAACAAGGUGGCUGGGAAUUUUCAUUUUGCACCUGGGAAAAGUUUCCAGCAGUCCCAUGUUCAUGUACACGCUGUGGAGAUUCAUGACCUGCAGAGCUUUGGCCUGGACAAUAUUAAUAUGACUCAUCACAUUUCACAUCUGUCAUUUGGGCGAGAUUACCCAGGGAUUGUAAAUCCUUUAGAUGGAACGAAGGUGGCUGCGCAGCAAGCCUCUAUGAUGUACCAGUACUUUGUGAAAAUUGUUCCCACAAUAUAUGUAAGCAGUGAUGGAGAGGUAGUAAAAACUAAUCAGUUCUCUGUGACACGGCAUGAGAAGGUGGCGAAUGGCAUGAUUGGUGACCAAGGUUUGCCAGGUGUUUUUGUGCUGUAUGAACUUUCACCAAUGAUGGUUAAAUUUACUGAAAGGCAGAGGUCAUUCACACAUUUUUUAACAGGUGUUUGUGCCAUAAUUGGAGGAGUUUUUACAGUGGCUGGACUUAUUGAUUCAUUGAUAUACCACUCGUCAAAAGUCAUACAGAAGAAAAUUGAACUGGGAAAAGCCUUGUAGGAAAAUCGUUACUAAGAUGAACAGCACCACAGCAGUUCUCCUUGGCUUUAUAUAUAUUUUUUAAUUCUUCUCAGUAUUUUUUCUUGUGAAAAUAAGGAGAAACACACAGAUUUUUACCAGAGCAUUUGGUAUACAAAACUUAAUGACCACUUCAGCAGAUGUACUUGACUUGAGUGAUGCUGUGAAACACUUUUGUCCACAUCUUUACUGGAGUAUACACAUGCUUUCAGUGUUUGGGAGAAUCUGCCUGUUAAAAGGGAAAAAUGUUCAUAUUUAAAUAAAUAACAAACAAACUGGUUGUUUCUAAUUGUGUUACAAGAAGAUGCUGAUUGAUGUUCCCUGUUUUGACAUAAUCAGAACUAUAACAGAAAGACUGUGAGUUCAUUUUUUGGCAUAAUCAUUUGCUCUUUUAAUUUGAUUUCAAGGGCAUAUUUUGAAUACUACUGACCUGUGCACAGAAAUGUUUGUUGUAUUUGCUAAAUAAAAAAGACUGAAACCGAA